AUGCCGCCCCAACCAGCCGCUUGGGAUUGGCUGUCCACUCUGGCGAAAAGGGUUGCCGUGUGUCUCCCUGCCAUCGACUGCCAGCAUCUCGGGUGCCUGGCUGGCCGUGUGUCCAUGCGCAUGUCCAAAUCUGAAUCAAUAGCACCAGCGGGAGCGCCAGCGAGAGCGCCAGCGCAAAGAAUGACGAAGACGAGGAGGGCAGAGGCUAGGCAAGGGGACGGGGUCGAACCAAUGGCCAUCGAGGGGCGGAGACCCAGGGGUUGUCCUCGACACGGCCGCAUCGAUUGGGCCAUUUCAGACGGGCGUCCCACCCAAAAGGCGGAUGCGCCGGGGGACAUGCGAGAUUUGCUAUCCACUUGCCAGCAUCAGGGCAUACUGCCAAGAUAUAUCAAAUCGAAUCGACUUCCCGUCGACUUGCCGGCUCUUUGGGUCGUCUGA